AUGAAAUCUUGGAUUGAUUAUGAUGCUAGUUCGAAAAGAUUAGAGAUAAGGUUGAGUAAGUUGGGUGAACCAAGGACUUAUAAUCCGAUUGUUGCGCAUGGCAUAGAUUUAUUGGAAAUGUGGAAAGAUAAGGAUGUGUAUGUAGGGAUAAGCUCGUCGAAUUCGAAUGGCAGUUCCUCGCAGAUUUGUAGUGUGUAUUCUUGGAGUUUUAGGAUGAGAAAGGUUCCGAGGAUGCAUUCUCUUCCGGUGAAUCCGAGGGGUUAUUUGGAUGAUCAGCAUGGUGAAAAUCCGGGUCUGCAUAAGAGGAUGGCUUGUUCAUUGUCAAUUCUUGCUGGGAUUAUAUUCAUGACUGGGUGUGGAGCUCUGGUUUCAUUUGUCAUGCUGUUUUUGUGGGCUAUAAUUGUUAACAGGUACACGGUUUUCCCUGCUGAAGUGCUCCCAGAUGAGUUUCCGGUGAAGCCUAAUCCUACGGAUUUCAGGUAUGAGAAGAUCAGUGUAGUUGUAGAGGAAGAUGCAGAUGCAGAUGGUGUUAAGAAGUAG